GGUUUUUUACCUUGCAAAUCUCUUGAGCAUCACGGAAAUCUCUCCAGAAGAACUACAAGAUUUGAGCUGGUUGGGUGUCAUCCUCUGGAGAUGGGUGGACCCCGCUUAUCCGUUCAGCUGGAGCGAGGGCGAACCCCGCACUUUGCAGGAGAGAUUAUGAAAGGCCGGGUGAUUCUCGACUGGCAGAAAGGAGGUCCUGUCAAGUAUGUGCGUCUACGGUGUGUGGGCGCCGUUCAAUUGACUGGAAAGGCAAAGCCUGAUCUUGCGGAGAUUAUACGAACCCUUGACGCAGCGGAGCGAACACGCCUGCUCAUGUACUACGAGAAGAUUAUAUGGGGAAAGCGCGCCAAUACAAACACGCUUGGGGAGAACAUUUUUGACGUGGCAACGAUGCCAUCGGGAAAGCAGAUCUUUCCUUUUGAGUUUCCGCUCGUGCGGAAAGAUCCUGGUAUGGAGUUGGUGCUGCCUUCCUCGUUUCAGAACUGGAAGAUUGCAAUUGUAUAUUUUGUACAUGUGGAAAUAGUCCGGCCAUGGCCUCGCAAAGAUUACUCUUCCUUUUAUCCGUUUCACGUUGCUUGCCUCAACGAUACGAAUGAUCCUCUAUACCAUCAACCGCAGGCGAUCACGCGGGGGAUUGACGUGGGCUUACUAGGCCUUUUUCUCAAGGGGACAAUAGAGGCCCGCGUCAGCAUCCCUCGAAAGGCCUAUUGCAAAGGCGACACAAUUCCCAUCCGUUUGGAAAUUAAUCACAUGGGCAACGUCAAGCACGUAACGGGCGUCCACAUCUCGCUUGUCAGAUAUAUUCGAUGGAGAUAUCCUACGCGAGGCAUGGGCUAUGCCGUCGAUCCAUUUAUCCCUCAUUCAACAUUUUCCCCCGCAAAAGUAGCGAGAAUUCGACAUGUAUACGAGCCUCUUGAUAUAGCGCCCGGUGACGUGGACGUUGACCUUACGGUGGACUACUUCAUUGACCCGAUACGACGAGAGAGAGGGACCAAGAAAAAGGCUACCCUCAAUCCUGACACGCCACUUGCGUUGCAUUACUCGGAUGACUUUCCUUGGAGUAGUUUGGGGCGGGACGAUGACGUAGUAAGGGUGUCCUAUGAGCUACAGGUCCAAUUGAGAAUAGGACGCAGUGAUGCUCGAAGUAUGAAUAAGAGUGUCGAUGAUGAUACUGCAUCUCUCGAACAUCUUCCAAAUGGAAAGUCGGACGAGAUGGGGUCUAGCGACGAAGAGAAGCGGAAAGUAGACCAUGUUGUCAAGUCUCUAGCAGACGGGAUGUUGAGCGGUGGACGUAAAUCCUUGGAGUUUAGUUUCCCCAUCGUAAUAGGAACAAUCCCUCUCAGGGAAACUUUGGCGGAGCCUCCUCGACGACCAUCGACGAGAAGCACCGUACGCACAAAUCGGAGCAGGUCUACAUCUGUGCCCAGACGACGGCGAAGAAACACCAUUUCUGGAGGGUCUGAUCGCAUGUCUCUAUCAAGUCGGCCUAGUACACAGAAUUCAUCAACGUCCACUGAAAGUCGCCCGCGAGCAUCCUCGGAAAUAAAGGGACAACUCUCGAUAAAGACUCAACGACAGAAUACCUCAUCCCCACUCCCGUCACGCCACCCGUCAAGUGCCUCCGCUUCAAGCUCUGCCCUCCAUCUUCUUCCUCCCCGUCCCAUUCCACGAUCUUUUGCACCGACCUCCCCAUCUCUAGACAAUAUCAUGAGCGCUUCAACCGACACUUCCAACGUCUCUAGUCCUAGUAUUUGCGCGCACUGCUCGUCGCACAUGCGAACGACCUCAAAUGGUUCCAUCCGCAGUUGUAGCGGGGAGAGUACGUCACCAAGUACGCCCUCUCCUUCCGCCCCCCCGGCUCACUUGGUGCUCACACCUCCACCCGAUAAGAAUGCAUAUGCUCUCGCAGCGGAACAAUCGAGCGUGCGAUCUACGGGUUCUACUUAUCAGAAUCCUACUGCGUCAAGUUCCGCAGUUCAUCGUGAUGCUUCCACAAACGGGACAAGAGGAGUUGAUGCAAUAGACGAACCAUGGCUUCCUGUAGAGCCACCACCCCCUUAUUCGGAAUACUCAUAAUUUUUUUCUUUUGUUCGUCACCCCGCACAUGCUUGCCAAAAUCUAUGCGGAUUCAUGUUACAUUCUUACAAUUCCCCAGAAGGUUUAUAUAAAUUCAUGUAAUACAUUUUGAUUGUUUGACAAAGAUGUACACAAGUGGCGUGAGCUGAUCAUUCUAAUUUCGCAUCCAAUAUUAACACAGUAAAUGUAUAUACAUAAAAAUAUCUUUUAAG